AUGAGUAAAAAACGUCUAAUAACACAAGAUCCCAAAAAAUUGAGAAAACUACAUGAAUUUGCAAUAAGAGGCGGAAUUGGUAAAGGCAUUGCCAUUCAUGAUACGUUGGCAGAUACCGAGGAUGAUUUGAUGUUUUUCACUGGAGAUACGGUUACAAUUUUAAAACAUAUCAAAGAUGAAUAUUUUCUUGGAUAUUGUGAAGGUGUUAUUGGGAAAUUUAAAGGCAGUGCAAUCAAAUUUAAUGAUUCACCUAAAAGACAAAGCAAUUUUCUUCUUCCUUCUGAUGCAAUUCAAAAUCAUCAAAACCCAAUCAUAAUAGCCAACCCACCAAAAAGAUCAUCUAGUUUAUCAUCAGAGGCAAACUCUAAUGAAAUUAAAUUUAAUAAUGAAAACAAUAAUGAUGACAAUAGUAUUAAGAUAUCCGAUACUGCUUCUAUACUAGAAUAUAAUAAUCCGACAUCUAUAUCAAUAUUACAAAGCAAAGAUCAAUCAAUUGGGACAGAUCAUCAUGAUACAUCGAAUAAUUUUAGUAUUAAUAAACGAAACAAUAGACAAAGUUUCGUUAAUAAUAAUAGCAAUAAUAUGGAAAAUUAUUAUUCACCUUCCACCUCACCUCUAUCUUCACCUAGACUUGUCAAGUAUGAUACCCUUGAAAAUAUUACAAAUGGAAAUAAUCAUGCUACUACUGCUGCUGUUUCUACUAAAUUAUCAUCAUCAGAGAUACAAAAUAAUGAGAAUAAUAACACAACAAAUACUUUAAAUACUCCUCAAAUUGAUUCAUUUAUAGAAUCUGAUCAAAACAAAAAUAUUGCUGUUCCAACCUUUAAGAUAGAUUUGGUAUCCGAUACUGAAACCAAAUCACCAACCUCUGAACAAUUUAGCAUUAAAGAAAAUCCCAAAGUCGCUAUUACUUCUAAAGAUCUCAAAAACGAUGAAACAAAAGAACCUGUUUUAAAAUCAUCCAAAAUUGAAACAUCAAUAGUAAUGGGUAAAUCAGCAAUUGAAUCUUUAGUAACAACUGAACCACCAUCACAACCUCUACCUCCAUCGUCGCCAUUAUCAUCUCCCAAUUCACAAAAUCAAGUUGGAGUUGUAAAACCAAAAAAGGAACAAAUUCUUACUAUAGAUGAAUAUGGAUUUGUUUAUGAUAUAUCAGAAGAGAAAGUUCUAAUUGGAGCAGAUAGGAUCAAAAAAUUGGUUCGUCUUGGUAUUCCCGAAUCAUUACGUGGAAAAGCAUGGCAAUUUAUGGCAGGUGCAGAUAAACUUAGGAGACCUGGUUAUUAUGAUAGAGAUAUACACAGAUGUUAUCCUGACCAUAUCCAAUUUCGAAAAGAGACUGGCUUUGGACAAGAAGAUCUCCAUGAUGUUCUUAAAGCAUAUGCACAUUAUAAUCCAUCGAUAGGAUAUUGUCAAGGAAUGGGACGUUUGGUUGGCAUGAUGCUUAUGCAAAUGCCAGUAGAAGAUUCAUUUUGGUUACUCGCAGCAACCAUAGAAAAAUAUAUGGUUGGAUAUUUUACACCUAAUUUGACUCAAAUUAGAAUAAAUUCCAUUAUAUUUGAACAACUUUUAAUCGAAAAUUAUCCCAAACUAGCACAACAUUUGGCUGAAAAUGAUGUAAUUCCACUCAUAUACGUUACUCAAUGGUUUAUGACACUAUUUACCAUGACAUUGCCAUGGGCAUCUGUACUACGUGUCUGGGACAUGUUUUAUUUUGAGGGUGUGAAUUUAUUCUAUAGGAUUGGACUGGCAAUAAUGGAAUGUUCACAAGAUUAUAUUCUUAAAGAAUGUCCAACAAGUUCAGAAAUCUUGGAGUUUUUAUUACAUAUCCCACAUGAAUUCUUGACACCAGAUCUAUUGUUAGAAGCAGCAUUUAAAAUCAAGAUUAAAAAACGUGUUAGAAAAUUAACAAAAAAAAUCGAGGCAAUGGAAAAGGGAAAAGAUAAUGAUUAUCCUAAUAUUAAUAAUCUUGAUUUUAUUAAUGGAACUGUAAACAUUAAAAAUGCUAGUGUUAUUGAUCCCAACAAUAGUGGUAAUAAUGUCGCUGUUAAUAAUGGCAACAAUGAUGGUAGUAAUGUUAAUGACAGUAUUAUUAAUAAUAUUGAUGCAAAAUCAAAUUUUAAUAAUGAUAAAAUAUUGACAAGUAAAAAAUCAAAAAAUGAUAAAUUAAAGGUUAACGGUGUCGAAUUUAAAUUAAUUGGGGAAGGAGGUUAA